AUGUCAGAAAGGCUUUUAACUUCUUCAGAUAGCACAAUACAAAGAGAAUUUCUUCUUCUGGCAUUUGUCCGAUAUGCUGAAUUCCAGCCUUUGCUUUUUUGGGGUGUUCUAUUGAUGUAUCUAUUGACUGUGCUUGGAAAUAUGACUAUUAUUUUGCUUGUGUGUCAAGAGUCCAGUUUACACACCCCAAUGUACUUCUUUUUGUGCAAUCUUGCAACACAGGACAUUGUCUAUGUUUCUGCUAUUCAGCCAAAGCUCUUGUCUAUUACAUUAACAGGUGCCACCAGUAUAGGUUUCCCUUAUUGUAUUAUACAAAUGUUUCUGUUUGUAAUGUGCACAGAUACAGAUUUCUUCCUUUUGACUUCUAUGGCGUAUGAUCGAUAUGUUGCUAUUUGUAUCUCUUUGCGCUAUUCUCUUAUUAUGAACAGAAUUAUUUGCACAAGAUUGGCAGUUUCCUGCUGGUUAUUUGCUGCGUUGAAUUCAUUCAUGUAUUGCUGGCUGGUAUCAGGUUUAUCGUAUUGCCGUUCCCGCGCAAUUAAACAUUUCUUCUGUGAAGUCAAAGCUGUGCUGAAGCUCUCCUGUAGUGACACCAGUACUAUUAAUAUGAUCCUUUACAUUGAAGGUGCAUUGGGAGGUCUCCUUCCAUUUCUUCUCAUUUUAACUUCAUAUAUCUUCAUAAUAUUGACAAUUGUAAACAUGCGUUCUUCAGUCGGAAGACUCAAGGCCUUCUCCAGCUGUUCUACUCACCUCACAGUUGUUAUUCUAUUCUGUGGAACUGUUAUCAGCUUAUACAUGAAACCUGAUACAGAAUAUUCUGAAGAACAAGACAAGGUUCUUUCUUUAUUGUAUGUAGCUGUUGUUCCAAUGUUAAACCCCAUUGUUUAUAGCAUGAGAAACAAGGAGGUGUUGAAAUCUUUAAAGAAGCAUUUUGCCAAUAAUAUAUAA